AUGAGGCAGUCAAAACAAAAUGACUACACCUCCCUGGCUGCAGGAAAUAUGCUGUGCAACUCAGUGCAGCAUUGUGCAUGCACACAAAGGUACUCGAAUUUGUUAAAAUUAUUCCACCAAGGUGGAUGCUGCCAUCAACUGGUCAAUUUGCACCUGUGGACCUCCUACUCCUUCCUCUCUCUCGGUUACUAUUUCAACCAGGACAAUGUGGCUCUGCAGGUUGUAGAUCUCUUCUUCUGUGAGUUAGCUGAGAAGUGCAAGGACACUAAACCUGUGAUCAAAAUGCAGCUGAGCACUCUUACAGGAUGUGCAGAAGCAUUUAAAGCACAGUGGGAGAAAACCCAGAAGGCCAUGAAAGACAGGUUGUUACCUGAACCAAGCCUUUUGAAUUUCCAUGCAUUGUAUUCUACCUUCACAGACCUAAAUCUCUGUGACUUCCUGGAUGAGGAGGUAAAAUACAUCCAGAAGAUGGUCAACAACCUGAACAACCUUCAGGGACUGGUGGACUCCCACCCAUCACUGGGUAAGCAUCUCUUUGAGUGGCUCACCCUCAAGCAUGGCAUGGCUAGGAAGCCCCAUAGCCUUCCAGGGGCUCAUUAG